ACCUCAUCCCAUCACCCUGUCCCCAGUGACCACAUGGUCAAAGGGUUUUGCUGGGAACAGGGUGUGGAUGGGUGCCCAUGAAUGUGACCCUCACAUUGAUGUUCAUCAUUCUUGUCUCUCAGCUGGCAGAGACAGUGAAGCUGAAUAAAUGGGUGAAAACCAUCCCUCUGCCACGCACCAACAAGAGAGUGAAGCCAGGGACCAAAUGCAGUGUUGCCGGCUGGGGCCGCACCAGCAGACAGAGUAAAUCAGCCCCAGCCACCACACUCCAGGAGGCGAAUUUGAAGGUGCUGGAGGAUGACGUGUGUCUGAAAAAUCCCGAUGUGACCUACUAUGACUAUGAUGCUUCCACCAUGAUGUGUGUCGGUGAUCUGAAGAAGGGCAAAGCCUCUUUUAUGGGUGACUCUGGGGGCCCCCUGGUGUGUGGUCGAACAGCCCAGGGUAUUGUUUCCUGGGGAUCCCAAAAGAGCACCUCCCCUGGAGUGUACACAAGAGUCUCCACCUUCAUCCCCUGGAUAGAGAAGAUUAUGAGGACGCUGGAGCCCUGAGCAGAGCCGGGAAUCACUGCACGGGCCAGAGCUGCACCACUUCUGUCCUUUGGAGAGGCCCAGACGUAGGGCCUGCUUUGCAGAGGGGUGGAGCCCCCCUAAGCUGAGCCCCUCCCCCAGUCUUUGUGACCCUCAUGCAGCCCCCAUCCCAUGAGCGUCAAGGUAGGGAGCUUAGGGGAGUUAGAAGCCAGGUUUGAGGCCAGCUCCCGUCAGCUUCCUUGGAAAUCCCAACCCUUAGACGACCUCUUUGCUGGGGAAACAGCUGGGUUAUUUCCUCCCAGGUAACAGACUCGAGUUGAACCCUGGACUCAAUGGUUGGUAGCUCUCCUCCGUGUCAGCCUUUCCCAUGGGUUUGUUCCUCCUGUGUGGCCACCUGCUGUUCCAGACACACCUGUUCCUGGUGCCAGCAAUGACAGUGGGAAGGCAACACAGCGACGGCUACGUUGAACUGAUCGCAGAUCAAACAUUAGUGCUGAUCCUCCCCUUCCCACUUCCCCUGCCCUGCUGAGUGGCCUGCUGCAUU